GGCCGGCAAGUACAACAACAACAACAACAACAACAACAACAACAACAACAACAGCAGCAAGCGCAGCAGCAGCAGCAGAGACAACAACGCGCGCUAUGUUAUGUUACAUCUUUACUUUCCACGCACUUCCAUCCUCACAUCACCACCACCCCGACAAUGGCCUCGACGCUGACCAGGCCCGAGGGGUUCCGUGGGGAGUUUCUUCUCCCGUCAGACCCCGCUUACGACAAGUACCGCAGGCCGUGGAACGCUGACCACGAGCACAAGAAGCCCAGCGUUGUGCUGCUGCCACUCGGAGCGACAGAUGUCCAAGUGGCAGUGAACUGGGUUCGCUCCAACAACCUGCAGUUUGCCGUUAUGAGCGGCGGUCAUUCCAUCUCCGGCCGCUCCGUCAAGGAUGGCGCUGUGCUCAUCCGCCUGACCCGCAUGAACUUCGUGCACGUCGACCCAGAGGAGCGCACCGCAUGGGUUGGCAUGGGCGCCACUGUCAAGGACUUUGACCUCGAAACAAACGCCUUCAACCUGUGCGGUGUUGGCGGCCAGGUGUCGCACACGGGCAUGGGCGGGUUCACGCUGCACGGCGGAUAUGGCGCCAUCUCCCGCCGUUACGGGCUCGGUGUCGACAACAUCCUCGCUGCGCGCGUCGUACUCGCGGACGGCACCAUGGUUGAGGCAACGGAGACGAAGAACCCUGACCUCUUCUUUGCCAUUCGCGGUGCUGCAAGCUCCAUUGGCAUUGUCACCUCCCUUAAAGUCCGCCUCUACCCUCUGCCCGAGAAGGACAUGAUGUGCUCCGGGCAGGCGUUCUGGAUUGCCGAGUCUGAUGAGGAGUUUGCAGACCGCGUCAGGAAGUGGGCGGAGAUUGUCGAUAAGGACGAACCGAACCUGUACUGCUCCAUGGUGAUCGACUCGCCGCCUCCGCCGCCCUUCAACGGCCGUCGCACGUUCAUCAUCCACACGGCGUGGCUUGGUGACGAGCCCAUGCAGCAGGCACAGGAGCUCAUGAACACGCACCUCGCCCCGCUCAUGGACAAGAAGCCCCUCAUCAAUGCCAUCGACCCAAAGCCGUAUGCUGUGUUCAACUGCAUGCAGGAUGUCGUUGGCGGGUAUGGCCACAAGAAGCGCUCCACGGGCGCCAGCACCGAUGACUGUCAGGCCCUCGUCAAGCUCAUUCUCGCUUCCGAGAAAUACCGCACACCGGCAAGCGUGUAUCUUGUUGAGCACUGGGGCGGGCAGAUUGUGGGUGUCGACCGCAAACCCGAGGACGACUUGGUGUACGGCACGCGUCGCCCAUACUCCGUCAUGUGCCUUGGCAACCUCGAUGACCCUUCCACCGCAAAGAAGUCUCUUGAAUGGCUCCAGCAGUUCAAGGCACUGGCCAAGGACAUUGGUGUCGGCGUUGCUGCGUACGUGAACUACACAGACGACCACAACAAGCCCUAUGGAGACUGCACUCAGAAGUUGGCGGAUGUCAAGGCCAAGUACGACCCACACAACCUCUUCCCAAAGUUUGCGGGCAUGUGAGAGGAGUGAAGCUGAGGUGGCAAACAAGCGCGCGCGCGUUUGCUGGAGGAGCCCAGGCAGCAAAGUACUAUGGCUCCUGCUGCGUGUGUGUGUGUGUGUGUGUGUCCUUGGGUCUAUGUCUGUGUGUUUUCCUUCUCUCUGUGUGUGUGUGUGCGUGUGAGACAGUGGCUGGGGCCGUCGAUGUCAGAGUGCACAACACUACAACAUCACGAUGCAAACAAACACAUUGAAUCAAGAAAGCACGCACAAGCGCACACAAAAAACAACACCAGUG